AUGGAAGAAAUAAGCUCUUUUGGUAAAGAUAAUUGGAUUUCUCACAAGAUGUUGUUCCCGGUUAUACUGCUCUCUCUGUUACAAAUAGCAGGAUGUAAGGAGUACUUAGGAGGUAGCAUUGCUACCAUAGGGCCAGAUACAUUCGGGAUUUUGCCCCAAUAUCAUAAGUUGCUCGCAGAGAACACGGUGAACUACCAAGGCACAUUCAAAAAUUCAGCAUACGCAAAAGGCAAAACGGAUAUUAGGCAAAUUGAGGUAGCAAUGCUUUUAAAAUAUAAGGAGGUGAAUGCAAUUCUUUUGUCUACAUCUAGAUUUUACUAUAAUUAUAGGCAUGUUGGCAACUUGGUUGCAAUGGCGUCAGCCCUGUACAAGUUGGGUCUGCUUCCGAGGCAACAGCUGCUGUCGUUAGCUCCGGAGACGUGUUUAUGCCAUCCGACAAACACAUUUCCUGGCCGCAUUUACGUCAACAAAAGUGUAGAUGUAACGGAUUACAAAGAUGAAGUUUUGAAUGACAUAACGAAUUAUUUCUUGGAGCACAUGUACAUUCCGUUACGUUCCUCAGGCCUAAGAUUGGAUAGUCUGCGUUUUUUGCUGACUCAGCGCUUCCCCAGAAAGUUUCCUCAAAGUUCUCGAUUAGCAACCAAGUACCGGGUGGAGCUUGAUGACGUAGAUGGACAUUUGGAUUUACCAACUCAAUUCGUAUAUAUGACAGGACACGGUGGAGAUCGCUAUUUCCAGUUCCAAGCCAAGGAUGUCCUCUCUGCAAACGAAAUAGAGUUGUAUAUGACGGAAUUUUUUAUCAAGCACCCCAAAGUUCAUACCUUUAUGAUUUCAGACACAUGUCAGGCAUCGACGCUGUUUGAGGGAUUAUCAGACCAGGAUCCCAUGGCUUGGGUAGCGUCAUCCCCGCGUGGUAUAAGCAGUUAUAGCUACAAUGCCAAUUCCCAAUUGACAGUUUCACCGGUGGGCAAGUUCACGUACUAUGUCGUAGGAUUUUUCACUAGUGUGGCUAAGGGAAUAAAGGAGCGUAAAGACAGGGCAGCUAUUUCGCGAUUUUCUUUUAACCAACUGAAGAGACAUAUGGAACGUCAUUGCCCAGAAGAGAUGUCCGUUUUCCACGCGAAUGCAAGCAUAUUGGGGGUAACCUCUGGUGACGCGGGGCAAUUGACUCCCACUAAUAAUGAUACAAGCAGUAAAUCAGAUACGCGAAAGGUAUACCUCGGAGAGUUCUUAUUCAAUUACCGCGUGGCAUACUUCAACCCGUAUAGUUGGCCCUUAGUGAUUUCCUCAAUAGCCGGAGAUAUUGUAGCAUUGAAGGGACAGACAUACGAAGCGUUCAACCUGAACACUACUGAGGCAUUGAACGUCAACAGGUACAGACUCGACGCGAAAAUGGGUGAGAAUGGGCUUUUCGUUAGGACGGCGGACGAAUCGUCAGGACUGAGUAUUGUAUUGGCCGUUUUACUUUGCGUGUCGGCGAUAGUUUUAGCCACUGUAAGGGAUCCAGUAACCGUCGGAAGUCCUUCCGUUUGGCAGUGA